AUGGAUGUAAAUAAAAAGUGGUGUAAUAUAAAAAACACAUUACUGAAACCAGCUCAAGAAAGUUUAAUAGAACAUAAAUCACAGGCUAAAAAACACUGGAUGACAGAAGAAAUACUAUUACUGAUGGAAGAAAGAAGGAAAUAUAAAGGAAAAUAUCUACAGAAGUAUAAAGAAAUACAACGAAUAAUUAAGGAAAAAAUCAAAACAGCUAAGGAAAUCUAUUUGAUGAAGCAAUGUAAAGAGAUAGAAGAACUAGAAACAAAAUAUGAUAUGAGAAAUAUGCACAAAAAAAUUAGAGAAGUGACUGGAAUGGGUCGAAAUAGACAGCAAGGACACAUAAAAGACAAAAAGGAAGAACUUUUCCAAGCUGAAAGAGGUGAAGUGCAGAAAAUACAAGAAUUAAAUCCUUUAGAGAUACAAAAGAUCACGAUAGAUGAAAUCAAAUAUGCUAUCAAAAACUCUAAAGACAAUAAGGCAGUUGGAUUAGAUGAAAUACCAGUAGAACUCUUAAAACUAGUGGAAGAGGACAACUUGGAAGUAUUGGCAGAUUUAUUCAACACGGUGUACGAUACGGGAAUAAUACCACAGGAGUGGCUAAAGUCAGCAUUUAUAACCAUCCCUAAAAAACAAGCAGCAAAAGAGUGCUCUGAUUAUCGAACACUGAGCCUCAUGAGUCAUACUUUAAAAGUUCUGCUAAAAAUAAUACAUAAGAGAAUAUACGAAAGGCUAGAGGAGGAUAUUAGCGAGACGCAGUUCGGGUUCCGAAAUGGAAUGGGUACUCGAGAAGGACUAUUUGCCAUCAACAUAUUAAUUCAACGAUGUCGGGAUGUGAGUGUUGAUCUACACUUGUGCUUCGUUGACUACGAAAAAGCUUUCGAUAAAGUAAGACAUAAAAAACUAAUAUCAAUACUUAUGAACAAGCGCAUUGACAGUAAAAUCAUAAAUAUAGUGCAAACAUUAUAUUGGAACCAAAGUGCCAUAGUUCAAAUUGAUGGGCAACACUCAGAAGAAAUGAGGAUCUGUAGAGGAGUUAGACAGGGAUGUGUGUUAUCACCACUUUUGUUUAACUUAUAUUCUGAAGAAAUUUUCCAAAACACGCUCAAUAAUAUCGAAGCGGGAGUCACCGUUAACGGAAAAUUAAUUAAUAAUUUAAGAUAUGCAGAUGACACUGUGAUCAUAGCAACGAGUAUAGAGGAUCUACAACAUCUUAUCGAAAGCUUGAGUAUAAAUAGUGCUGAAAUGGGAAUUACUAUAAACGCCAAAAAAAAACGAAAACAAGUAGAAAAAUAUCAGUAUUUGGGAACUUUGAUCAAUGAAACCAAUGAUCAUACUGUAGAAAUAAACAGACGAAUAGAGAUUGCCAGAUCAGCAUUUAUACGAAUGAAGCCACUCCUAACGUGCAAAAAUCUAAAUUUGGAGAUCAGACUACGUACCAUUCGCUGUUAUAUAUUUUCAAUAUUAUUAUAUGGAGCUGAGACUUGGACAUUAAAAAAAUGUAAUUUAAAAAGAAUCGAGGCCUUCGAACUCUGGUUAUACCGCAGAGUAUUGAAAAUAUCAUGGACUGAUAGAAUUACAAAUAAAGAAGUACUGGAGAGGGUUGGUAAAGAAAGAGAAAUAAUCACCACUAUACAAACCAGAAAACUGGAAUACCUAGGCCACGUGAUGAGGGGACCAAAAUAUGAAAUUUUGAGACUGAUAAUACAGGGAAAGAUUCAAGGAAGAAGAUCUGUUGGCCGAAGGCAGAACUCAUGGUUAAAAAAUCUACUUUCUUCUUUUUGUAGAUUUAAUAGUGAUAGUGAACCUCUUCAUUUGGCAUUUGUGGAUUACAAUAAGGCAUUCGAUUCCAUAGAAUUCUGGGCGGUAUUAGACGGAAUGAACAACGCAAGGAUAGAUUCCAGAUAUAGAAUGCUCCUAAAAUACAUAUACGACAAUGCAACUAUGCAAAUAAAUGUAGCAGAAGGCCUAACAACAAACAAAAUAAGAUCAGAAAGAGGUGUUCGACAGGGAGACACCAUAUCUCCAAAAUUAUUUACUCUUGCAUUAGAAGAUGUGUUCAAGAAGUUAAAUUGGGAACAACUCGGAAUUAAAAUUGAUGGCAGGUUUUUAAGCCACCUAAGAUUUGCCGAUGACAUAGUACUCAUAAGCAACAAUACAGAGGAACUAAUCUACAUGCUGAAGGAGCUUAAACAAGAAUCUGAAAAAAUCGGUUUAAAAAUGAAUUUAAAUAAAACAAAAGUAAUGACAAAUCAAAAUAUCACAAUCGACUUAGAUGGAAGUGAGAUCGAAAGUGUCGAAGAGUAUAUAUACCUAGGUCACACCAUCAAACUAGGCAAACAGAAUCAAACAGCAGAGAUAACUAGAAGAAUCCGAAUGACUUGGGCAGCAGGUAUUCAACAGUUGUAUUCUACGGUUAUGACUUAUGGAAUGGAGACCAUGACACUUACAGAGUUGUCAGCCAACAGAUUAAGAACAACACAGAGGGCCAUCGAACGAGCUAUGUUGGGAGUAUCACUGAGAGAACAUAUACGAAACGAGGACAUACGAAGCAGGACGAAGGUGGAAGAUGUAAUUGGAAGAAUUGCACAAAUGAAAUGGAACUGGGUAGGGCACGUGGCACGGCAAAACAACGACAGAUGGACGAAAAACAUUGGUAAAGUGGAAAUAAUGCAAUUGACAGGGGAGAUGGUAGCCGCAGAAAUUAUGCAAAAUAUAAUAGAAAACGUAAUAUCAGAAGUAUCGGAAAAUAAACAAAUGGACAAUACAAAUUCUCACGAAAAUGAGACUCAAAGUGUUACUUCAUCCAUGACUAGGUACUGGAAUGUUUAA